AUGGACGUACAGAUGUAUGGGUUGCAUGUUGAAUUGACUGAGAGUAUCACAUUUCACGUUUGGAACACGUUCUAUGACACCGACUUGACUUAUGCCGCAGCCAACGAAGUUGUGCCCUUUGGGAUCUUGAAGGAUGGCGAGUACAAUUCAAAAACGUACAGCUCCAUAGCGUGCAUGGGUGGGGUGCAGGAUGAUGGUUAUGGGCCGGAUGCGAUUGGACAACGAGUGUGUCGCUUUUCCCACGUCUGCUGGGCAAGAGGACAGCUUAUCUACUUCAAGGACCCACAGACAGUGAAUUUCUCUAGUGUUGAUCUCAGCUUUCUGGACGCACCUUCCUUUGGCGACAAUUUUGGACACUUUAUCAUGGACAAUGUGGUAUCAAUCAUGCAAGCAGCCAGCGCUUUUGGACAUGAGAGCUUGAUUGAUUCUCAGGUCUUGCUUCUCAGCAAGUGCAGACUGCCUGGUUCGUUGGAUGGAACAUCGCGUGCUGGAAAUUGUAGGAAGAAUUAUAACGAGCUCAUGCGUGUUUUCUUUCAUCGUCCUGUGCUGCAUCUCGAUGAAUUAUCGUCUUCCAAUGGCAUCUGCUUCCGCAAUCUGAUCGCAGGUCAUGCUUCAGCGUUUUCUCUGCGCUUCCAGUAUCCAAGAUCUUCCGUCCUCCGAGUUUUCCGAGACUACACGUAUCGCCAGCUCGGGCUCAAACUUCCUCAGCUGGAAACAAAGGAGGCGGGCGCGUGGCGCGUGCCAUCUCUGCUGGCUUGCUACAAGGUGGCUCGAGGAGCCAUGAAUCCUCCUCACUGGCCGAGUGCUUGCGAGGAUGUCCGUGUUAUCUUGGCACAGUUUUCCACGCCCAUCGACUCUACCUGCAUAAAUCCUGCAUCCCUCCCGCUGACUGGACAGGUUCAAGCAGUCAAGCAGGCAACCACGAUCCUCAGUGAGCACGGAACAGUCUCGUAUGUAGCCCUCUUUGCUCGUGACGGACUACCGCUUGUCGUCGUCGGGAAGCCUCCCAUGAAAGAAGCACACGUUCUGCUGCAGAUGACUCACGUGUAUACAGUGUAUGUCGAUGUUGCGGAAGGACAGGAGGGGAUCAAGGCAGCUCUCCUCGUUGUCCUCAAAGUUGGUCGUCCGACUUGA